CCGCUUCUGGAGAGGCCCCAAUGCAGGCGGAGAAUCAGAACUCAAUCCCGUCCGACACGGGGAAUGAUAACCCAUCUGAUAGAAAAUGAGCUCCCCCGAAGAGCCUUGGUGUCGUCUCCUAACCGAAUACACCAAUGGCUUUCUGGUCUCCAAGGUGAUGUUCACGGCCUGUGAGCUGGGAAUAUUUGACCUCUUGGAGGGGACGGGGAGGCCCCUGGGUUCAGAAGCCAUCGCCGACCUCCUGGGCACAAGUCACCAUGGGAUGGAGCUCCUGCUGAACACCUGUGUGGGACUCAAGCUACUCCACAGGGAAACCGACGACGGAAAAGCUUUGUACCAAAAUACAGCACUUGCCACCUUAUAUCUUACCCAGUCUGGCCCCAAAUCCCAGUAUCACAUGCUGCUGUAUUACUCCAAAACCACCUACGUGUGCUGGAACUACCUAACAGAAGCUGUGAGAGAAGGCAAAAACCAGUACGUGAGGGCGUUUGGCAAGUCAUCGCAGGAACUCUUCGAAGCAAUCUACAGGUCGGAGGAAGAACUCUUGACGUUCAUGUCGGGCCUGAACGAGAUCUGGAGUAUCUGUGGCGAAGAAGUGAUGGCUUCAUUUGACCUUUCACCUUUCCCGCUCAUCUGUGAUCUUGGGGGGGACUUUUUCAAAGAGACCAUUCCGGAAGCCAAUCUGUACAUUCUAGCGAGGGUUCUUCAUGACUGGGGAGAUGAGAAAUGCCUGCAGCUUUUAUCUAAGAUCUACCAAGCCUGCAAACCAGGCUGCGGGCUGUUGGUGGUAGAGACCGUCUUGGAGGACAACAAGACGGGGCCUUUGGUGGCUCAGCUCUACUCCAUGAACAUGCUCGUCCAGACGGAGGGGAAAGAACGAACCGCCGCCGAAUAUCGCGGGCUGCUCACGGCAGCUGGCUUCUCGCGCAUCCAGGUCAAGCGAACGGGAAACCUGUACGAUGCUAUUUUAGGCAGGAAGUAA